AUGCCGGACGGAACAGCAUCCACGCCUCCGACCGCAACUGCCAGGGCUACUCCUCGCGGCGGCAGCGCAAAACCGAGACCUCGCGCAGGAAUCCAGCGGAAGACGAAAGCUGAAAGAGAUCAGUUCGCGAAAGAAGAAGCCGAACGGCAAAAGGCCCGAGCCGCUGAGCAUGAGGUUGCAAAUCGCGGUGCGAGGGGAGGAAGAGGGGCGGCUCGUGGAGGCAGAGGUGGUGCCGCAGCUGGCCAAAGAGAAGGACCGGUGGGAGGCGGAGGUGUUUUUGGGGCAGGAUCUAGCACAAAACCUACCGCCAAAUCGAGAACAAGCUAUGAAGGAUACGGCGAGCUGCUAACAGGUCAUCAAGAUGUUUCAGCGCUGGGCAAGGAUGCGACAGCAGGCUACGAGAGGUCUGGUCAAGCAGGGACUUCCACUGGUGGUAAAGGCGGCACAUCAAGGACCGCAGAAACCCUCGAUGUGGACACGGAUGAUGAGCCCGAUGAUGAGGGUAAACGAGACAUCGAGCGCAUCUGGAUUUCUAGCGACGAAGAUGAAGAGAUCGUCGCAUCAACCCUGAGAAAAGGGAAACAAAAAGCUACAAGCACUGGCAAACGAAUGCCUCGCAUAGGGCUGGGCCUGCGACCAGUCCGUGCACCUCGAACAUUGGGAGAAGAGGAAGAGCAGGAAGGAGACACCGCAGGCUUAGCCAGCAAGAAAAGCCGCAGCGCUGUGGGGCCAAGAGCCGACACUGACACUCAAGAGCUCGAUAAGCAAAAUGAGCGAGAUGAAGGUUCCGAGGACGAGGACAAUGAAUUACUCCAAUUUGUCAAAGAACAACCCUCCAGCCCCGAAUUGAAGAAACGGACGCUGAAAAAGCAACUUGCUGCCGGCAAAAUCGGUCGGGAUGUCAAGGGGUCUGCGACAGAGACGAUCGAAGAGCGUGCGGAACGAAUGAGAGCUAUGCGUGACGUCCACAAAUUGAGAGAUCUAUUCGUGACAGCACCGGCAGCAGAUGCGAAGAUGGAGGUCGACGACGAGGACGACGAGGAACAGCCCGUGACCAGUCUCAAGGACGGCAAUCUGUUUCUCUUCCAGCUCCCACCACUAACACCCUUCCUGGUCGAUUCCGCCGCAAUGCAAACAAAUGAGACAGUAGUCAAAGUCGAGCCGACCACUGGUGAUGGCAUCACGACUAUCGACCUCGACGCUCCUGACGUAGGCGCAAUGGCCUCAAACACCAUCACCGAUCCCGAAAUCAAAGCUGAUCCCGACGCCCCGGCUAGACCCAACCUGCAAAUAGACAGCUUGCUCACGGCGUCCGAACCAAUUCGUCUGCCCGCGGGAGUCGUGGGGAAACUCCAUGUCCACAAAUCCGGGAAGGUCACCCUGGAUUGGGGCGGGACUGAUAUGGAAGUCCGCUAUGGCACCGAAGUGAACUUUUUACAGGAUGUCGUUCUCGUAGAGCCGGGGCAAAAUCAAGAAGGCUCGGCCCAGGAAGGAGACGGGGCCGCAGACAGAGAGGACGAGUACGGGGACAGUGAUCUCACCAAGGACGACGACGGUGAUGAUAAUGAUAGUGGUGGGAGGGAAAAGAAGAAAAAGGACAUCAAGGGCACAGCCUAUGCAUUGGGCCAAGUAAAGAGGAAGAUGGUCCUAAUACCGGACUGGGCCAAGUUGUACGAUUGA